AUGCUGGGAGGGUUUCCCACGCUGCCGUCAGCUCCGGCAGCUGGUUCCGCAAAUCCGUUUAAAAGCAAGGACAAGACAGUGCUUGGAACUGUUCCAGAUUGGCUGGCGGAUGCCAUGAUGAUCCAGGUUCCCACAACUGCUGCACCGACACCUGCUCCCGUGCCAAAUCCUUUCAGCGCAUCGGUGACUGCACCAUCAAAGCCUCAGCCAGCACCCGCACCGCCCCAGGCUACGGCGCCAACACCAGGAUCAGCCCCAGCACCAGCAGCCCAAGCACCAGCAGCCCCAGCAGAAGCCCCGGCAGCACCCCCGGCAGCCCCAGCAGCCCCUGCUACAGCGCCAGCACCCGCACCUGUGGCGGCAGCACCAGCAGCACCUGCGCCUGCCACGCCAGCAGUGGUGCCAGCAGAGUUGCCGAUGCAAUCCCAACUCGCACAGUCUGCACCAGCACCCAUAGCCGAGCCCAUGCUGCAGGGUGACACGACGGCUCCGGGUCUUGACCUGAAGCAGCUUGGCCAAUUCGCCUUGUGCGAGAAGCCAAAAGAACACACCGGCCGAAGACUGCUCAGCUUCGAGGAGCUGCAGGGGUACUCGCCCAUCAAAGUCGUCCAGCAGCUGCUAGUCUGCCUUAUCAUCGUGAUCUUGCUGGUGUGCCUGUGUAUCCACAGGAAGGCGGUCCUCAUUAUUCUGACGGGGGAUGACUCGCUGCAUGCCACGCUUCCCGACUGCUGUUGGUACGGUGUGUGGCAGUGCUGUGGCCUCUGCAAGUAUGAUUGGGUGACUAUGUGUACUUCCUGGCCCUGCUGCGGGAAGUGGCGUGGCUCCAAUCCUGUUCGGACCAUGGCACAAUGGGUGGGGGUGACGUCUAUGUCCGUCGAGCUGAGCAACAUCGUGGUUGGAGAUAUUCCUUUCUACAGGUAUGGUGCCUUUUCCGUGACAGUCGCGUGUGGCAAGUAUCCGAGUUUGCAAACGUCUGUGCAAGAGGACCAAGAUCCCAAAACGAUUCACUUUCCGGAGGUCUUGACCUUGCGCAUCCGCGAUACCAUGUGGGACUCGCCAGUCGUGAUAACCGUCAAUCAAAUCAACUUCGUCGGCAUCCACAAAGUUGCAGAGGUUCGUCUCAGCCCAACGACCGUGGCGAAGUGGGCUCAACAGGGUGAUUCGUUCAACACGAAGCGUCUGGCAUUGACUCUGCAUGACCGCAACUUGGAGGCGGAAACACCCCCGUGGGUGAGCAUAACUUUCGGCACUCCGACGGCGGACUUGCGCCACCUGGACCACUUUCACGCGAACUCGAGUCUCUCAGUCCGACUUGCUACGUGGGACAACGUUCCGGACCCGACCACUGGGGAGUUCUUCGCCGAGCACCCUCUGACCAGAAUGAAGCAAGACUACCAUCUGGUGGACGGCCAUGGGAACUGUGUCCAGGAACCCGACGAAGCUGAGCUGUACUGGCUAAGCAGUUGCAGGAGCUUGCUCUUCGCGAUUUACUCAAUUCUCAGCUUUUUGGUACUCGGCGGUGUCGUGUGCUACGGCGCUUUCAGAUACUACGUCAAGAAUUGCUACGAGAAGUUUGAACUGCUGACCAUUGCGAAGAGUUGGCAGCCGCACUCCUUUCCAAUGCCUACUUGUGCCUUACAGUCGAUUAGCCACACUUGCGAGGUGAGGACGAAGGGCACUGGUCUCGAUCAGGGCUCUGACAUCUGUCUGCCCCUCGACCAAGAGGUGGAACUUACAUGUGAUAGUCCGCCGCAAGAUCGGCCCACGGCAUUUUCUUUCGUCUUGGAAGACUUGGGGUUUGCCACCAACAAGGGUGUGAAGUGCUUCGACGGAUUGUGCCAACUGCGGAACAAGAUAGUCAGAUUUGACCAUGUCGUCUUCUUUGGGUCUUUGUUCCUGCUUGUCUUCAUCUUCUGUUUGUUCAGGCCUCUGGCCAACUCCUGCUUAGACGGUGCACGAGUUAAAGCACAGCAGCGGAGCAACAGCAGAUUUCGUCGGAAAGGACCCGCUGAAUGA